GCCCUCCAUUAACCUCUGGAUAAUUAGAGUUCCUGCCUUUUUUCCUUUCUUUUUAGAAAAGAAUUCCAAGGCUUGAUUGUUCCCAGAAUAAACAGCUUUCGUCUAUGCACGCAAACAUACACGCACACACACACAGAGAGCGGACACAGAGAGCGCGUGAGUCAGUUGGGCGCCUGCGGGGAAGCUCUCUGCCGGCUCACCUCCGCCAUGGCUUUGGUGAAGUUCAAGGAGCUGCUGGCAGAGGAGGACUCGAACUCGGAGGAGGAGAGCCUGGACAGCGUCAAGGCCUUGACGGCCAAGCUGAAGCUGCAGACCCGGCGCCCUUCCUACCUGGAAUGGAAAGCACGUGUGCAGAGCCCCUCCUGGAGGAACGGCCUGAAGGAGGGGGCCCUCCGGACCCUGCAGGAGAAGCAGGCUGGAGAGGCGGCCACCGAGAAGGCCCCCCUGCCCUUGAGAACCAUUUGUGGGUUCCCUACCAUUGACGAUGCCUUGGAGUGGCUCAGAAGGGAGCUGAGAGAGAUGCAGGCCCUGGAUCACCAGUUGGCCCGGCAGCUGAUGAGUCUGCGUGGUCAGAUCCACCGACUGAAGGUGGAGCAGGCCUGCCACCAGCACAAGGAGAUGCUGGACGAUGCCACCUUUGAACUGGAGGGCUGCGAAGAGGAUUCGGACCUGCUGUGCAACAUCCCACCCAAGGCCGCCUUCCUCUUGUCCAUGCCCCUCAAGCACAUCGGUGUCACGCGCAUGAACAUCAACUCCCGGCGCUUCUCCCUCUGCUGAUGGGCUUCAUCUCACCUCCGGCUUGCUUGGGCUCCUGCAUGCUUCAGCCAGGGACGUGCCUCCUCGCCCGAGCACAGACUGCUGCAAUUAGCUGCUCGCACUGAAAAGUAGCUGCUCGCAUUGAAAAGCCUGGCCUGUGAUUUAGCUGAUGAGCUGGAGUUGCCACAGAGCUGGGAAUGGCUGGUUGGCUGGUGCAUCAGCCCUUCGAAAGAUGCAGGUGGCUGUGGAUUCACCUGUGGCAAGGGUUCUUGUCCUCGGGG